AUAUAAUGCCCUACUAGCAAAGCACCUGUCUCUUUUUCUGUCUUCACUCUUCCCUCUUUCUUUCAAUCUUCCUCUGAAAUCAGUUUGGUGAAAAAUUCACUGCGUACUUUGAGCAACUUUAGUUUCUGCUAGAAAUGGAACCAAUGAACUAUGCAUUGGAAGGAAGAGGCAUUCUGUUUCCUGAUAAUAAUGAAAUGCCAGUUGGUGCACUUGCAAGAAGUAGAAAUAUUGUAAAAGAUUGGAAUUUGAACAACUUUUCUGAUGUUGAUAAAACCAUGUUUGGCACUAUCCAAGAAAUUACUGAAAAUAUAGAAUUUUCGGAAUCAGGAAUUGCUGAUAUUUUGAAGAAAUGUGCCACAAGCAACCAAGGGUCAGAAGGUUUAGGUGCUGAAACAGUUGAUUCUUCUAGAAAGGUGUUAUCUAUUUCUGUAAAUACUUUGGACUCAAUUCUGGGGGAAGUGGAACUUAAAGAGAGAUCUAAUCAUAUUGCAAAUAGGUGUAACGAUCCCAUAUCAUUGCCAGUUGGAUUGAAAUUGGAGCAGUUGGUUGAUCAUAGAGAAGUCAGGAGUAUAUCAUCUUCAAAAGGAAGUUCACUUCUUUCUUUAUUGCCAGCAGAAAAAGCCCGUUCUCAGGAGGAUGACUUGAUUGUUUACAAAGUCAAGAGUAAUUCGUCGUUAAUGGAAAACCCAGCUUUGUCUUCACUGGAACCAUUACUGCUAGGAAAAAGAUCGCGGACCACAAAUGUGGAUUCCCAGGUUCCCCUGUGCCAAGUUUAUGGUUGUAACAAGGACCUGAGCUCCUCAAAAGACUAUCACAAAAGGCACAAAGUGUGUGAUGAACACUCAAAAUCUGCUAAGGUUAUCGUUCAUGGCAUUGAGCAAAGGUUUUGUCAGCAAUGUAGCAGGUUUCACUUGCUGGCAGAAUUUGAUGAAGGUAAACGCAGUUGUCGCAAGCGCCUUGCAGGCCAUAAUGAGCGCCGAAGAAAGCCUCAAUUUGAUACACACUGGGGUUCAAGGUUAUUCGAAAUGACUUCACAAAGGAGGGCGUCAUUUCUUUUUCCUGAAAUACAUCCUGGCAGUUCCUUUAGUCAAGAAAGAUUUGAAGACCAUAGCAAGCACAUCAAAUUGGAAGAAAAGCCGAUCUGCAUCUCUCAAUUAGCUAUGGCAGUGACAAAGAAGCAGUCACCAUUAAAAAGCUUCCAGCAUCCUGUUCGAGCUACAUUUUCGGUUCAAGAAUUAUCUGCAGGGCAAAACUCCACUUGUGCUCUCUCUCUUCUGUCAGCCCACUCACAACACCAUUUACACAACUCAGAAUAUCAUUGUCCUCACCUUAAAAGAGAUCAUAAUCUUCAAAACUUUUGCGGAUUAAGUGCUUCGGGAAGCUUUACAUCAAAUGAAUUAUAUUCAUCUGAAGUAUUUGAAAUAGAUAGGAUCGCCCAAGUUCUUGAUGACAGUCAAGCUGUUUCAACUGAUGAUCUAAGACAAAGACGUGUUCGAAGAUCAAAUUCUAUGAAAUCUAAGCAUGACCUCUCUCCAGAAGAUGGACCAACCGUGGAUUUAGUUCAGUUGUCAUCGCACCUGCAAAGAGUGGAACAGCUGAAAAAUUCUGACCAAGUGAAGCAGGAGAAUGAUAUCUUCCGUUGUUUUACGACCUCAUGAGGAUUAAGAAAGCUGCAAGUGUUAAUAUGAUACCUCAAAGCUUUUGAGAAGAAUAAUCAGGCUGAUACAAGAAUGGUAGCUUUGCCAACAGGUCAAGAGGCAAAGACAGAAUAAUAAAUGGUAGAUGUCUGUAUAAUUUGUAAGUGUCAUUUUAAUUUCUUUGCUGCAUCAAUUGCUCAAUUGUAUAGAACUAUUUUGUGGAAACAACACUGUUUUUUUCGUAGUCAAUAUCACAGUAUAUACUGAUGUUUAAGCAGAAAAUUAUAAACCCUUG